AUGAAAGAACAAGAAAGUCAAACUCCUGAAUUAUCACCAAAUGAAAUUGAAGCUCAAAUUCCAUUAUAUGAACCAGAAUAUGAUGAACAAUAUACUAAUUCUGCUUUUAAAAAUCAUUUAAUUGCAUUUUUAGGUGAAUUUUUUGGUACAUUUAUAUUUUUAUGGACUGCUUUUGUUAUUGCUCAAAUUGCAAAUCAAGAUCCAACUAUUCCAAAACCUGGUCAAGGUUCAAAUCCUCAACAAUUAUUAAUGAUUUCUUUUGGUUUUGGUUUUAGUGUUAUGAUGGGUGUUUUUAUGUUUUUUAGAGUUUCUGGUGGUAAUUUAAAUCCUGCUGUUACUUUAACUUUAAUAUUAGCUCAAGCUGUUCCUCCAAUUAGAGGGGUUAUUAUGAUGAUUGCUCAAAUGAUUGCUGGUAUGGCUGCUGCUGGUGCUGCUUCUGCUAUGACUCCUGGUGAAAUUGCUUUUACUAAUGGUUUAGGUGGUGAUGCUUCAAGAUCAAGAGGAGUAUUUUUAGAAGCUUUUGGUACUUUUAUUUUAUGUUUUACUGUUUUAAUGAUGGCUGUUGAAAAAUCAAGAGCUACUUUUAUGGCACCAUUAGUUAUUGGUAUUUCAUUAUUUUUAGGUCAUUUAGUUUGUGUUUAUUAUACUGGUGCUGGUUUAAAUCCUGCAAGAAGUUUUGGUCCAUGUAUUGCUGCAAGAUCUUUCCCAAAUUAUCAUUGGAUUUAUUGGGUUGGUCCAAUUUUAGGUGCAGUAUUAGCUUUUGGUGUUUGGAGAUUAUUAACUUUCUUGGGUUAUAAAUCAUGUAAUCCAGGUCAAGAUGGUGAUGGAACUGAUUAA